AUGCCACCAAAACUAGCGACAUAUGUAACGGAGGAGCGACUUGUUGAAUACCAGGAGGCAUUCGACACUUUCGAUCCGGAUGGUAAGGGAAAAAUACCUUGUGAACACGUACUGGUCUGCUUGCGAAAGGUCGGACUGAUGCCCGCUGACUGCGAACUGGAGGAUCUACUGCGCUCUGUUGACACAGAGAAAAAUAUUUUUUCGGAGGGUAUCAACUACGAGCAAUUUUGCCAAAUAGCUUCCAAGAAGGAAAAGGAUGUAUACAACGAAGAAGACAUAGUAAAUGCAUUCGCCCUCUUCGAUUCAACGUCUAAAGGCUACUUGACAACGGAGGAGCUGACACAAACCCUCUGCACACGAGGAGACAAAUUAUCCGCAGGUGAAAUGGCCGCACUUAUUAAAAGCGCUGGGGCCAGUACAAAUGGACGCAUACACUACGAGGACUUCAUACAUCAUAUGAUGUUAAGAGACUAA